AUGGUGUUUGCGACCAUCUACCUCGCUGCCACCAAGAACGGCGCCGAGACCCUGCGCCGGUACACGCUGCUCGUGCAGAUGGACGCAUCACCAGCCGACAUUGCCGACGCCGUCGAAGUCGGACUGCAGGCGCUGCAUGCUCGCUACCACCGGCAAGCGCGCAAGCUGCGCUGGUCUGCGUUCUACAUUCAUGAGCAUGAGCACGACGAGACGGCCGACCGCCUCUGGGAGCACGCCCUGCAGCGCUCUACCGCCGCGCGCCGCCGCCGCCAACCCUAG